GCCAACUGCUGUUCUUCAAGCAGCUCACAGACAGCUCCUCUAAGUUUUCCUCUCCUGGUCUGGUGCAGUUUUCUCCUCUAACAGGAGCCUGGACCAAGUGGAUCACUCUGUCCUGUACCUGUUCAGAGAAGGAGAGAGAGGGAAGAGGGUGGAGGCAGAAGAGAAGAGAGCACAGAACUGAGUGCCUAAGGAUUGUGGAAGUUCUGGAACUAAAGUGGGGCCACAGUGGAGUCACAACACAAAGUUGUGUAGCAGAUACAACCGUUUCUGGAAUAUUUGGUGGUGAUUAAAGGAGAGGACGUAUCUUUCCAGGAUUUAAAAGCUUUGUCCCGGGCGGGACAGUAGGACAGUAUGGCGGCCAACGGUGAGCCGGCGAUGGCUGCGUUGACGUCGUUCAUCAUGAACGAAGAGGAGCUGAAGAGGAAGCAGAGGGAGAAGUUGAAGAAGAUGCAGGCGACGGGGGGUAACCCUCGCCCCGCCCGAUCCCUCUUCUUCUUCACUCUCAAAAACCCUUUCAGAAAAGCCUGCAUUAACAUCGUAGAGUGGAAACCCUUUGAGAUCAUCAUCCUGCUGACCAUCUUUGCCAACUGUGUGGCCUUGGCUGUGUUCCUACCCAUGCCUGAAGAUGACAACAACGCUACCAACACCAGCCUGGAGAGUCUGGAGUAUAUCUUCCUGGUGAUCUUUACGUUAGAGUGCUUUCUGAAGAUAAUAGCGUACGGCUUUGUAUUCCACGAGGGAGCCUAUCUACGGAACGCUUGGAACUUACUGGACUUCGUCAUUGUCUUCAUGGGCCUCUUCACCAUCGCCCUGGACACCAUCAACUAUCUAGCAGGCAUUCACAUGGAGAAGGGAGGAGGGUUAGAUAUGAAGGCCCUCAGAGCAUUCAGGGUGCUCAGGCCCCUACGUCUCGUAACUGGAGUCCCCAGCCUGCAGGUGGUGAUGAACUCUAUCCUGAAGGCAAUGCUGCCCCUGCUGCACAUUGGCCUGCUGGUCUUCUUCAUGGUCACCAUCUACGCCAUCGUAGGUCUGGAGCUCUUCAAGUGUAAGAUGCACAAGACCUGCUACUGGACCGGCACAGACAUCAUGGCUACAUUAGAGAACGAGAGGCCCGCCCCCUGUGCCCAGGCCGGUAACGGGCGCCGCUGCCUCCUCAACGGGACAGAGUGUCGUUCAGGCUGGGCGGGGCCAAACUUCGGCAUCACCCACUUUGACAACUUUGGUUUCGCCAUGCUCACCGUCUUCCAGUCUAUCACUAUGGAGGGCUGGACCGAUGUGCUCUACUGGGUGAACGAUGCCAUAGGGAACGAGUGGCCCUGGCUCUACUUCGUGACUCUGAUCCUAAUUGGAUCCUUCUUCGUGCUCAAUCUGGUCCUGGGUGUUCUCAGUGGAGAGUUCACUAAGGAGAGAGAGAAGGCUAAGUCCCGAGGGGAGUUCCAGAAGUUGAGGGAGACCCAGCAGCUGGAUGAGGACCUGAAGGGUUACAUGGAAUGGAUCACUCAGGCUGAGGUCCUAGACAACGAGCAGGAGGGGAAAGGACUACUGCCUUUGACGGAGGCAGACACAGACAGUCUGAUAGGGAUGGAGGGUGAGAGCCGGAUGGUGUACUAUUAUCGUCUGGCUCGUCGCUGGAACCGGUUCUUCAGGAUGAAGUGUCUCGUCUAUGUAAAAUCGAAGACAUUUUAUUGGUCUGUGAUUCUGGUGGUCUUCCUGAAUACUAUUGCCAUCGCUAGUGAACAUCACCACCAGUCAGACAUGCUUACUACUGUACAAGACAAUGCCAACAAGGUGCUGCUGACCCUGUUUGCGCUGGAGAUGUUUGUGAAGAUGUACGCUCUGGGCCUGCCUCAAUACUUCUUGUCCCUGUUCAACCGCUUCGACUUCUUCGUGGUGAGCGUGGGCAUCCUCGAGAUCAUCCUGGUCACUGCUGACGUCAUGUCCCCUCUCGGCAUCUCUGUCCUCCGCUGCAUCCGCCUGCUGAGACUGCUCAAGGUCACCAAGUAUUGGACCUCCCUCAGUAACCUGGUUGCCUCCCUGUUAAACUCAGUCCGUUCCAUCGCCUCGCUGCUCCUCCUCCUCUUCCUCUUCAUCGUCAUCUUCUCCCUGCUGGGCAUGCAGGUGUUCGGGGGGAAGUUCAACUUCCCAGACCAGGAGAUCAGACGCAGUAACUUUGACAACUUCCCCCAGGCGCUCAUCAGUGUCUUCCAGGUUCUGACAGGGGAGGACUGGAACUCCAUCAUGUAUAAUGGUAUCAUGGCUUACGGUGGACCAGUCUUCCCUGGCAUCCUAGUCAGCAUCUACUUCAUCAUCCUCUUCACCUGUGGAAACUACAUCCUCCUCAACGUGUUCCUGGCCAUCGCUGUUGACAACCUGGCAGAAGCAGAGAGCCUGACGGCCGCCCAGAAAGACAAGGCAGAGGAGAGGAAGAGGCGGAAACUGCUCAGGGCCAACAUGCCAGACAAGGCUGACGAGGAGAAGGUUCUGCUGGCUAAGAAACUGGCUGAACAGAGAGCAAAGAUGGAGGGGAUUCCCACCACUGCUAAGCUGAAAGUUGAUGAGUUUGAAUCCAAUGUGAAGGAAGAGAAGGAUCCCUUCCCUUCAGCAGACUUCCCAGGUGAUGACGAGGAGGAGGAGCCUGCUAUCCCUGAGAGCCCACGGCCUCGACCAAUGGCUGACCUCCAGCUGAAAGAGGAAGAGGUUCCUAUGCCGGAGACCUACUCCUUCUUUAUCUUCGGGCCGGAGAACAAGUUUCGUAAGCUGUGUCAUAGGAUCGUCAAUGCCACCCCCUUCACCAACUUCAUCCUGCUCUUCAUCCUCCUCAGUAGCAUAUCACUGGCCGCUGAGGAUCCCAUAGACCCCAAGUCAUUCAGGAAUAAGGUCUUGGCAUAUGCUGAUAUCGUCUUCACCACUGUGUUCACCAUUGAGAUUGUGUUGAAGAUGACAGUGUAUGGAGCCUUCUUGCAUCCAGGCUCUUUCUGCCGUAACUCCUUCAACAUGCUGGACCUGCUGGUGGUGGGCGUGUCUCUGUUGUCCAUGGGAAUGGAGUCCAGUGCCAUCUCAGUGGUGAAGAUUCUCAGGGUGUUGAGGGUGCUGAGGCCUCUAAGGGCUAUUAACAGAGCCAAGGGCCUGAAGCACGUGGUUCAGUGUGUGUUUGUAGCCAUCAAAACCAUCGGCAACAUCGUCCUGGUCACCAUGCUGCUAGACUUCAUAUUCUCCUGCAUAGGGGUCCAGCUCUUCAAGGGUAAAUUCUACACUUGCUCAGACCCCUCCAAAAUGACAGAGGUCACGUGCCGGGGUAUGUUCCUGGAGCACCAGGAGAACAGUCUUCAGGAGAUGGUGUUGGCCUCCAGGGAGUGGAUCAGCAGUGACUUUAACUUUGACAACGUCCUCAACGGCAUGCUGGCUCUGUUUACCGUGUCCACGUUCGAAGGGUGGCCACAGCUGUUGUAUAAAGCCAUAGACUCAGACAGGGAGGAUAUGGGCCCAGUCUACAACAACCGUGUGGAUAUCUCCAUCUUUUUCAUCGUCUACCUCAUCCUCAUCGCCUUCUUCAUGAUGAACAUCUUCGUCGGCUUCGUCAUCGUAACCUUCCAGGAGCAGGGAGAGUCUGAGUAUAAGAACUGUGAGCUCGACAAGAACCAGCGUCAGUGUGUGCAGUAUGCUCUGAAGGCCAAGCCUCUGCGGUGUUAUAUCCCUAAGAACCACUAUCAGUACAACGUGUGGUACAUAGUCACCUCCUGCUACUUUGAGUACGCCAUGUUCUUCCUCAUCAUGCUCAACACACUGUGUCUCGGCAUGCAGCACUGUAACCAGUCAGCCCACGUGACCAAGCUGUCUGACACUCUGAACAUGAUCUUCACUGUCCUCUUCACGGUGGAGAUGAUCCUAAAACUCAUUGCCUUCAAAGCUAAGGGCUACUUUGGAGACCCGUGGAACGUGUUUGACUUCCUCAUCGUCAUCGGCAGUGUUGUCGAUGUCAUCCUGAGUGAGGUCGACGCUGCCUUGGCCUCUAGUGGAGGACUGUACUGUCUCCAUGGCUGUGCUCAGACAAACCCUAUGCAGGCCAUUGCGGAUUCUGAGAAUGCCAGAGUGUCCAUCACAUUCUUCCGUCUGUUCCGUGUGAUGCGUUUGGUUAAACUACUAAACAGGUCAGAGGGCAUCCGUAACCUGCUGUGGACCUUCAUCAAGUCUUUCCAGGCUCUACCCUACGUGGCUCUUCUGAUCGUCAUGCUCUUCUUCAUCUACGCAGUCAUUGGGAUGCAGGUGUUUGGAAAGAUAGCCUUAGUGGAUGGCACACAGAUCAACCGCAACAACAACUUCCAGACAUUCCCCCAAGCUGUCCUGCUGCUAUUCCGUUGUGCGACAGGGGAGGCGUGGCAGGAAGUGAUGGUGGCCAGUAUGUACGGCAAGAAGUGUGACCCCAAGUCUGACUUCCUACCUGGGGAGGAGUACACCUGUGGAGCCAGCUUCGCUGUCUUCUACUUUAUGUCCUUCUAUAUGCUGUGUGCAUUCCUGAUCAUCAACUUAUUCGUGGCUGUGAUCAUGGACAACUUUGACUACCUGACACGUGAUUGGUCCAUCCUGGGUCCUCAUCAUCUGGAUGAGUUCAAGAAGAUCUGGGCCGAGUACGACCCAGAUGCCACGGGGCGUAUAAAACAUCUGGACGUGGUAACACUACUGCGAAGGAUCCAGCCUCCGCUAGGCUUUGGGAAAUUCUGUCCGCAUCGCUCAGCCUGCAAGCGUUUAAUAUCCAUGAACAUGCCCCUGAACAGCGAUGGCACAGUCACCUUCAAUGCCACCCUGUUUGCCCUGGUCAGGACUGCCCUCAAGAUAAAGACUGAAGGUGUCGAAGGUAACUUUGAGCAGGCCAAUGAAGAGUUGAGAGCCAUUAUAAAGAAGAUCUGGAAACGCACCAGUAUGAAACUGCUGGACCAGGUCAUCCCACCAAUCGGAGAUGACGAGGUGACGGUGGGAAAGUUCUACGCCACCUUCCUGAUCCAGGAUCAUUUCCGUAAGUUUAUGAAGCGUCAAGAGGAGUACUAUGGCUACCGGCCCACCAAGAAGAGUGCUAAUGGGAGUGCUCCAGAGAUGCAGGCUGGUCUGAGGAGUAUAGAGGAGGAGGCAGCUCCAGAGCUUCACAGGGCCAUCUCAGGAGACCUGCUGAAUGAGGAGGAGAUGGAGAGAGCCAUGGAGGAGUCUCUGGAGGAAGGCAUCUACAGGCGCCAGGGUGGUCUGUUCGGGGACUAUUCAGACCCGUCCUCCACAGAGACCAGCAGUGUCCUGCCCUCCCACAUGGCUAGCCAGCGUCCCCUACAGCUAUCAGAGAACCGCCCCGAGGAGGCUGAGUUGCCCCUCGGUCGCUCAGACUCCGUGUUCCUCCCCGAUACAGAGUUCUUUCCCCUGACCCCCACCAAACACAACAGCAACAACAACGCGUUUUCUUAUGAGAGAGAGGAGAGUCCGAAAGUGAGCAGGCACCAUUCCAGAGUGGACACAGAGCGCAGCUCUCCAGAUAGCAGACACUUCUCUGAGAUCAGUGAGAAACCAAUCAGAACAGACAUCACUCAGUUCCCCUAUGACCUCAAAUACGGUGAGAGCCAGUCUCUCCCCAGCUUUUCCCAAGCUAAAGGGGAGGCUACAGAGGAAGCUGAAGGGGCCACAGGAGGCUCUGUGUCUGCACCUGCCGCUGACCAGCUGAUCAAAGAGGUCUUAGUGGUUGGCGGUCUUGGCGACCUGGCCAAUGACGAUUCGUUUGUGGCGGUGACUCGUAAUGAAAUGGCCGAGGCGAUGCGCAUGCCCAUGUGCCACUUUGAAGACGUGGCCCUGGGACUCCUCAACGGGCGCAGUGGCCGCGCAACCUCCGCCACGAGGAAGAAGAUCCCAAUCCCUGUGCCCCCUUCCGCCCCCGACCGGCCCUCUAGGUCUACAGAGCUGAAACCGAAACCCCAGGAGCAGAGAAAGAAGCGCCUCGUUACACCCUUUAAACAACACCUGAAGGGGGAAGAGGCAGACACCAAAGUGUAGAGAGUCUGUCAUCGGAGUGCCCAUGACGACAGUGGCCUUAUCUUGUGACAUGAUAUGACACUUGACUUGACAAGGCUGUGUUGUAGUUGGUGACAUCACACACUCACAGCAUUAACAAAUCCUGAUUAGUUGCCGUGGCGAUGAGAUCAAUCCACUAACCAUAGUUUCCAAUGGAGACUGGAGGAAAUAGGCUAACCAGGGUUGAUGGCCGAGUUGCUAGGCUCUAGCUGGUUGGCUGUUCAGGAUUUAACAUGUUAUUCCACUGUGGUUGAUUCUUGUCAAUUCCGAUUAAAUUAUUGAAUCAGAUUCAUGAUUCUUAUGGAAAACGAAUCGACAAAGGAAAAGGAAUAUUCUGCUACGGUAAUACAUUUUAAUCUUCUCAGUUCCGCCAUAUUUAUUUCAACAAAUUAAAAAAUAACUUAUCACAGAGUGCACAGGUUCAUGAACCUCUUUCUUUGUUAUACUGUUGGUUGACGUAAUAAUCUACGUCUAGUGGUUAGACAGAACAACUAUGUCCAGUCUGCUGUGCUUCUUACUAAAACCCUAACUAAUGUCCUGUACACACUGUGUUUCUUACUAAAACCCUAACUAAUGUCCUGUACACACUGUGUUUCUUACUAAAACCCUAACUAAUGUCCUGUACACACUGUGUUUCUUACUAAAACUCUAACUAAUGUCCUGUACACACUGUGUUUCUUACUAAAACCCUAACUAAUGUCCUGUACACACUGCAGGAUAGCAUUUUUUGUCAUGAAUCUUGUUCUGGAGGCGGUGCUGCAGUGGUCACUAGCGAGAAUUACAAUAUAUAUUUUUUAACUUAACCCUAACCUUAAAUUAAGACCAAAAAGCUCAUUUUGACUUUGCAGCUGGCCUAUCUAAGGGGAAAUCGUUCCGUUCUGCCUCCAGGACAAGACACAUGACAAUAAACGUCAACAUGCGCACACACGCAACUUGUACACGUAUUGUGUGCAUGGUGACAAAUGGGAACUCUGGGAAAAAAACAAGGUAAAAUCAUAUCAGAGCUCUAGAAAGAUUUAUUAUUUUACCAGGUAAGUUGACUGAGAACAUGUUCUCAUUUACAGCAACAGCCUGGGGAAUAGUUACAGGGGAGGGGAAUGAGCCAAUUGUAAACUGGCGAUUAAUAGGUGACUGUGAUGGUUUGAGGGCCAGAUUGGGAAUUUAGCCAGGACACCAGUUUAAUGUCCCAUCCAAAAGACACUCCCUACACAGGGCAGUGUGUAAGGUCAUUGCCCUGGGGAAUUGGGAUAUUUAUUUUAGACCAGAGGAAAGAGUGCCUCCUACUGGCCCUCCAACACCACUUCCAGCAGCCUCUGGUCUCCCAUCCAGGGACUGAAUAGGACCAACCCUGCUUAGCUUCAGAAGCAAGCCAGCAGUGGGAUGCAGGGUGGUAUGCUGCUGCCAAUAUGAGAUGCCUGAGUUUCCGACUUGGAAUUCGGAGCUCGUUUUUUCCCAAGUUGUCUUGAAGGCACGGAAGUCGGAGAUUUCUGAGUUACCAGUUGUUUUGAACGCAGCAAAAGUCUGUGAGUGGAGACAGGGGUGUCCCGGCAAGGGCUGAAGGGGGAAAAAGGAGGUGAGAAAGGAAGCCAUUUUGGGUUUCAGUGAGUUUCUAUUUAUCUGGGACAACUGCAACUGUUGCGUUUGAACGGUUUAGUUCAAUCUUUUGAAAAGAGUCUCUCCUGUUAAAACAUCCAGGAUGCAAGGAAACGCUUAGUACACACUCAGAUUGUACACCUGAUGCACAACACAUUUUACACAAUGGUUGUGAUACAUCAAACAGUUUUGAUGAAGCCUCACCAUAGAGAUAGAGGACUCUGCAUGGAUAUCACCCGGUUUUAGCAUGGACAGUGCCAUUGAGGGCUUCCACCAUUUUAAAGUGGUUAACUGGGUGGGGACUCCCACGAGUUGGGAGCAAUCAGUCACUGAAGAACAUGAGCUACUUUAAAAUGGAGAUAGCCUCAAUAGCACUGCUGUCACAGACACUAUAAUGGAGCAGUAUACAAAGAUGAGUCUAUCUCAGUGAGCCUCACUGUUUGUGUUCUUAAAGGCAACGUCCUUAAUUUAUGUCGUUAAAGGGAGGACUUGCCAUCUUUUAACUUUAUUUAUACUUGUCUUCAUUUAAUCGAGACUUGUAAAACACAGUUUCCUUGGUGCUCAACCUCCCACUGUGGGUUUGGGCACUUUUUUAAGAGGUUUCUUUUUUUUAACGUGUUAAACAUUUCUUUGUACUUUUAAUUUAUUAGUUAUUAUUGUAUUAUCAAUGUUUGAAUACUCACUGAAAUAGGUGUAUAGGGGAGAGUGGGGUAAGAGGAGAAAAUGUUUCAUUCAGCAUCACUCUGUAAAGGGAAAUAUAUUAUUUCUAACAAAAGGUAUCUACAUAUAUUUCAGGAUGUUGCGCAUCCCUUGAAAUAAUCACAAUUCAUGUAAAAAUUAGUUUUGAAAACAUAGCUUGUCCAAAAAAAAAGUGAUCUCUUGGAACAACUUACCCCGGGUUAAGCCACCAACACAUUUCUGUACUGAAUGAAAUAUUACCUUUUUAAAACCAUGUCUAUCUUCAUUUCCAAACACAAUGACAAUCACUGUCUUUUAAUCAUAUUUUACCCCAAGUUUAACGCCUAACAAACACUUUGUACUUUCUUUUUAAUGCUUUGCAUUAUGCUUGGGAAGAAAACACAUGCUCACUUACCCCAAGACAAACAUUUUGGUUUAGAUACAAGCAUCAUGAAACCUCAAAUUCAUUUGACUUGCUGAAAAUCUGUUUUUUGGUCCUAACUUGCUUACCACUUUUUACAUGUGGUUUCUUCCUUCACAGACUCCAUAAAAUGACAUUUUCCUAAAUAUUUGGUCAAGUUAUACAUUUUGUUUGGGGUUUCCUAGAAACAAGGGAGGCUCAACUUACCCCUUUUGCUCAACUUAUCCCACUCUCCCCUACUGGUAUUUAGCACUUAUCUAACAGAUCACAUUGUAUUUAAUAUAAACCAGAGAUUUUGUUAAAUGAGAUUCAUAUGUAUUAAUGACCAGAGGUUAAAAUUAAGUUGAAAGUAAGAAAAAAAUGUAAUAAAGGCGAUUCAGGAUUUUAAGUGGUGCUGAAGUUAGUCUAGACUUGAUCAAUGCAAGAGUUGUUAGUCAUAUCAGCAUACCUGGCGUAUGGUGGAUUUAGCAUGAAGGCCCACAUAGGGGAUUAACUGGUUUUGUACAAAACUUUGCACAUUUUUUGUCUGGGGAAGGAUCUCAAAACUAUUUUGCUUGAUUCCUUGCGAGCUCUUUCCUCACCUUCUCCUGAAAAUGUAAGUUGCAAGCAAGGAGAGCAUUGGAGAAGAUCUGAUGUUUUGAGGAUGCAAAGAAAGACCGAAUCAAGGAAAAUACCUUUGAGAUUCACCCCAGGUCUGUUUUUUUUUUUUUUAGUUACCUUAACAGGUCUUAAAGGAGUUAUUUUUCACUUCAUCCUCGUUGGCCAUUUCUGCCUUAGUAACCGGUUUGUCUUUAAAAAGAACGCUGCAUAAAUCAGACAUUAAGUAGUGGGUGGGACAGCUUCUAACCCUGCUAUAACAUGUAUACCCAUCUUCUAAUAUGUGCCUUUCAACAAAAUGUUUUUUUUUCUUCAUGUCAGUCAGAUGGAGCUUACAAUGGCAAAACAAACAAAUAAAACAUCCAAAAUAUA